AUGUCUCAGAAAAAGCAGCCCACCCCUCAGCCCCCCGUGUUCUGCGGGAAAUCCUCCGGCGGAGGCGGCGGCGGCUGCGGCGGCGGCGGCGGCUACUAUAGCGGCGGCGGCGGCGGCGGCUGCGGCGGCGGCGGCGGGAGCUCCGGCGGCUGCGGCGGUGGCGGUGGAGGCAGCUCCGGUGGCUGCGGCGGCGGCGGCGGCUCCGGAGGCGGCGUCAAAUACUAUGGGGGCGGCGGCUCCGGCGGCGGCGGAGGCUCUGUCUGCGGUGGCGGCUACUCCGGGGGCGGCGGCUACUCCGGCGGCGGCGGCUGCGGCGGUGGCAGCGGCGGCGGCGGCUCCGGUGGGGGCAUCAAGUACUCCGGCGGCGGCGGCUCUAGCUGCGGCGGCGGCGGCGGCAGCUCCGGUGGCUGUGGCGGCGGCUACUCCGGCGGCGGUGGAAGCUCCGGGGGCUGCGGCGGCGGCGGCGGCUCCGGUGGGGGCAUCAAAUACUCCGGUGGCGGCGGCUCCGGCGGCGGCGGCGGCUCUAGCUGCGGCGGCGGCUACUCCGGCGGCGGCGGCAGCUCCGGCGGCUGCGGCGGUGGCGGUGGAGGCAGCUCCGGUGGCUGCGGCGGCGGCGGCGGCUCCGGAGGCGGCAUCAAGUACUACGGGGGCGGCGGCUCCGGCGGCGGCGGAAGCUCCGGCUGCGGCGGGGGCUCGUCCGGCGGCGGCGGAGGCUGCGGUGGCUACUCCGGCGGCGGCGGGGGCUACUCCGGCGGCGGAGGCUGCGGGGGCGGCUCCUCUGGUGGCGGCGGCGGCGGCCAGCAGAUCUACCAGAGCUCCGGUGGCGGAGGCUACUCCGGCGGCGGCGGCUGCGGCGGGGGCGGCUCCUCCGGGGGCGGCGGCGGCGGCUGCGGGGGCGGCUCCUCCGGGGGCGGCGGCGGCGGCCAGAUCUACCAGAGCUCCGGUGGCGGAGGCUACUCCGGUGGCGGCGGCUGCGGCGGGGGCUCCUCCGGCGGCGGCGGCGGCCAGAUCUACCAGAGCUCCGGUGGCGGAGGCUACUCCGGCGGCGGCGGCUGCGGCGGAGGCUCCUCUGGCGGCGGCGGCGGCGGCGGCUGCGGGGGCGGCGGCUACUCCGGCGGCGGCGGCUGCGGCGGAGGCUCCUCUGGCGGCGGCGGCGGCGGCUACUCCUCCCAGCAGUCCGCCCAGGUCUGUUGUGUGCCCCAGGAGUGCUCCGGCGGGGGGUCCUCCGGCGGCGGCGGCGGCGGCGGCUGCGGAGGCGGCUCCUCCGGGGGCGGCGGCUGCGGCGGCGGCGGCUCCUCCGGGGGCGGCUGCUACUCCGGUGGCGGCGGCGGCGGCUCUGGCUGUGGCGGUGGCUCCUCUGGGGGCGGCGGCGGCGGCUCUGGCGGCUGCGGUGGCGGCUCCUCCGGGGGCGGCGGCGGCGGUUCCGGGGGCGCCAAGUGCGUGCCCGUGUGCCACCAGACCCAGCAGAAGCAGGCGCCCUCCUGGCCGUGCAAAUAA